AUGGCGAAGACGUGUUCCGAGGAUCUUGUUACGCCUUUUCUUACAAAAAUGUUGGGACCAAUGCAGAGUACUCAUUCGGAGGCCGAAUGCAUAUGUAUGGUUGAAGUACGAUUUGUGCUUUUUCAUCGGAAUAUGAAUGGAAAAGCCCAGCUAAGAAUCAAGGACGAGUUUCCAUGUUGCGUCACUGUUCGUGAGGUUAUCGAUCACUUCCGGAUUGAAACAGACGGCGUUCAUCGCGGCGUGUCGUUGCACCACGUCUCCGGGAUAUCGCAUCGGUGCUGUGAAGCGUACAGCAACCUGCAGAUUCCAUUGAAAGACACUGAUUCUGGACAAAACAUUGGCAGAACUCUGUGGCAGCGAUAUGGACGCCAAUACGAUCACCAUUAUAGCCGAUGUUACCCGUUAAUUUGA